GUCCUUCCCGGGCCGCAGGAGGGCCAGGGAGGCAUCAAAAUCUUUACUGUGGUUGAACAACGAAGUUUAAAUGCCAAACCGGCUAAAAUCCAGCGUGUUUCGGGGAUGUAUUUGGUCGCCGUGUUGGUCUGAGAUGGAAAGAAAUGCAAAGCUCGAGAGCGGUUGGUUUAAGGAUGAUUAGACCCGCUAAGAAACCUAAAAAAAAUAGAUGUUUUUUUAUUUGUGAUUUCUUAGCGGGUCUAAUACAAGGUGUUGUCUCUGAACCGAGAGCUGUGGAGUUUUUGCAUUUCUCCUCUGUUGAGUCAAGCUCUCCUGAUGCAGCUCAAAGCCGGAGCUGGACCAUGCCGGCCCCGUGGACCUGGCUGCGUCCCCUCCCUCUGCCAUGCUCAGCAGGGUUGGGUCGAAGGCUCCGCAACUCCGUGCUGGGAGCCGUGUGGAGGAGUCGCGUGGCCCUGGCAUGGGAGCUGAGGCACAGCUUGGUCCCCUGUCCUGGGCCAAAGGCUGUCCUUGGAGAGUCCCGGCCAGCUGCUGCAUGUUGUCUGCUCCGGAUGUCUGUGACCCAGUUCUCCCAGGCUGGGUGGUUGAAGGACUAUGCCCUGCCCAAUGCUAGCUGGAGCCAGGACAUGCUGAACCUGUAUAACAAGUUUGUGGAGAAGAGCAAGGACGGGACGUGGAAAAGGAUCCCAUCCUAUCGGCACAUCAUAGCCCUAACAAACUCGAUAAAGCUGGAAGCUGAGAAGCCUCGGCAGGACACCCGCAUCUUCCUCCGGAACCUGGAUGGGGAAGGGCUGGGCUUCGAGUAUGUGAUGUUCUUCAACCCCGCUGAGAAGAGGGUGGUGACCGUGUACCAGCCAGGCCCCUACCUGGAGGGGUAUGAUGGGUUCACCCAUGGAGGCUCCACGGCCACCAUGAUAGACACUACCUGUGGGAUCUGUUCCAUCUUUCUUGCUGGGAAGUCGAUGACAGCCAGCCUCAGCAUCAACUUCAAGAUCUUGAGCAGAAGUUAGUGCCCUGGGGUCCUGCCCCAGGUCUACGUCAAUCACAGUCUGAAAGAGCCCGCAUCUCACCCUGCUCUGUUGGGAGCCUGGCCCUGUGAUGCAGUUCCUCUCCGAUCUUCCCUUUCAGCCAGCCUGAGAUAUCCAGGGGUCAUAAAAAAACCCUGUACUGCUCCCUUACAGUGCAGAGGACAACUAAACAGGCAGUAUGUGGCACUGCAGAUAUGGCCUGCUUGUGCUUGUAUAUGAAACUUGCUUCAGAAUGGGGCUCAAAGAGGUUUAUACCAGGGAUGCUCAGCCCACAGACCAGAUCCAAUCCAUGAAGCCAUGUUGUCUCUCCUGCUGUUACCAGACUUAAUAUUAGACGUCAGAUAGUGGCACUGAAAUCAUAAAAUACUUAGACAAGAACAGUCCAUUCUCUGAAGAGAGGAUUUAUGGAGUACAGCAAUUCAAAACGUCAAGCACAUGACAAAGGACAGAAGAAAAAUUUUGUCUAGGCUCAGACCCAGCCCAGUGAGACACAGCUGAGCCUAACUGAAAAUGUACCAUAAUAAAACAAAAAGACACCAGAAAGCCUUGCAUAGGUUUUGCAUGAUCCUAAGGGCAGAGUGUCUCCUAAUGCAGCCCUGCUUGCUGCCAGGUAUUCAGGAAGUCCUUCUGGGGGAUCCACAGGUCUUCUGGGCAGGUGAGGAGGAGAUCCCACAGGCCUCAUCUGUGCCUGGGUUUUUAUAGGCCAUCUGCAUCCCAACACUGGGAGGGAGUGGUGGGGCAGCCAUAAGUGGGAUGGUGCAUGCACAAGCUGGGCCCUGGGCAGUGCCCGGAGUGGCACACAUGCGGUGCCCAGUGCAGCAGCCCCACCUUACAACUAAAUGAAGCUGAUGCUUCCUCAUGCUGCAGCCUGGCCCCACUUCAAGAGAAGUGCCUGCCGGCAGCUUCUGCCAGCAUCCACUCAGUAACCAUCAUGAACCCCUGAUGCCCAGGAGCUGGAGAGGAGUCCAGGAGAGCUGGUUGUACUUUAAAGAAACCUUACUGAGGUCACAGGAACAAACCACCCCCAUGGGCAGGAAGACUAGCAAGUAAGACAGAAGUCCAGUUUGGCUUCACAUAAAACUCAUCAGUAAGCUAAAUCACAAAUUUGGAUCUUAUAAAAAAUGGAAACUUGAACAAAUAACUUGGGAGGAGUAUAAGAGUAUCGCUUGAGAUGCAGGGAUGAAAUCAAGAAGGCCAAGUACAGUUGGAGUCACAGCUAGCAAGGGAUGUGAAGGAAACAAGAAGGGUUUCUACAAGUAUGUCAGCAAUAAGAAGGUGGUCAGGGAAAGUGUGGGUCCUUUACUGAAUGGGAGAAGCAACCUAGAGACAGAUGAUGUGCAAGAGGCUGAAGUGCUUAAUGCCUUUUUUACCUCAGUCUUCACAGGCAAGGUCAGCUCCCAGACUAAUGCACCAGGCAGCACAGUUUGGGGAGAAGGGGAGCAGCCCUCAGUGAUGAAAGAACAGGUUAGGGACUAUUUAGAAAAGCUGGAUGUGUAGAAGUCCAUGGGGCCAGAUGGGAUACACCCAAGGGUGCUGAGGGGGUUGGCUGAUGUGAUUGCAGAGCCGCUGGCCAUUAUCUUUGAAAACUCAUGGUGUUUGGGAGAGGUCCCGGAUGAUUGGAAAAGGUGAAUAUAGUGGCCAUCUUUAAGAAAGAGAAGAGGAUUUAGGAACCUACUAUAGCCUCACCUCAGUCCUUCGAAAAAUCAUGGAGCUGAUCCUCAAGGAAUCCAUUUCUAAGCACCUGGAGAAGAAGAAAGUGAUCAUGAACAGUCAGCAUGGAUUCACCAGGGGCAAGUCAUGCCUGACCAACCUGACUACUGCUCUGCCAUGCAGAUGAGGGCAGUAAUGAGCCUGACUCCCUAGACACUCAACUGAGCUGGGGAGAGCAUGUUGCAGGAGAACAGCUCCAGGGUGGGAGCUUUGGCUUAGACGUUCCCUGCUCUUGGAGUCUUAGAAUUUAAACUGAGACUCUGUUUUCAAGUUGAAGCCCAACUUAAUCAGAUCUCCUCUGGGAAGCCUUGAUUCGGGUCAGCAGCCUGUGAUGUGCAGCCACUUCUGGGGUGGAACACAGCUGGUGCUGGGCAGUUUGCAUGAGGCAGGGAGUGGUGUCCUGCUGAGGUCUGACUG